UUGCUGUCUCUGGAGACCCGAGGCGGAGGAGGCGGCUGCUCUAGUCUGACUUGGAGUAAGGAUGGCUUUUCGCAUCUCUGAAAUGGACUCCGACCUCGAAAAUAUUGACAAGCAGGUGUCAAAUCCAAACCUGCAAAGUAAAAAAGCAAAGAGAAAACGAAGUUUUGUAGCACCCAUAGAAAAUGUAGAAGAUACACAAGUCCUUUUGUUCAAAAGCAAAACCAAAGCCCAGGAGAGGACAAGAAAACGACAGCAACCUAGAAAACUAGAGCCUCUGCCAGUGCUAAAAGUCUACCAAGAUCAUAAGAGGCCAGAAUACAUAUACAAACAGUAUCAAUUUCCACCGACCAUUUCUGGAAUCGUAAAACCAUCAAGAAGCACUGAAGAAACUUCUGUCAAAUCACCUAUUCAGUCCCCUCAGCAUGCAGAUGUGUUGGAAAAAACACAGACCCAUGGGCCCUCUGCUAAGAUAUUCUCUCCCUCUCCUCAGAAACUGCCACCUAUUGGAAGAAGAGGUCUCUAUAAGACCAGUUACCCAUCUUUGUCUAAGUACACAUUCGAGGACCGUGAAGAUGUUGUUAAAGCCAACAUCCGUGAUCCCUUGGAAAUCAUUCAAAUAUUACGUGAAAAUGAACAUCUUGGAUUUCUUUAUAUGAUUCCUGCAGUGCCAAGGUCUUCAAUUGAAUAUGAUACCUAUAAUCUGAAAGUUGUAAAUUAUGAUAACAUCAACAAAAAGGACUACUAUACAAUUAGUGACAAAGCAGUGACACGCAUUCAUAAUGACGAGGACAUUGAAUAUAUCGAAAUUAAUCGAUGGGUACAGGAAUACCUAUAUCACAGAGAACUCAUUAAGAUUCCCAUAUUUUCACUUUUCCGGAAAUGGAAAGCUUUUCAUGUAUGGAAGAAGAAUGUGCGCUCCAAGAAGAUCAAUGGAUGUCGAGAAGCUCUACAAGAGAAUUUGUUCAUUGUUAAUUAUUUUUUGCGACCAGCUCUUCUUAAAAUAAAUGACAUGUGUUAUCAAUUGAGUUUUAUGGGGCUUUGUUAUAUUGAAAGAGGUCACACCUACACCCUGCAAGAAUUUCAGUUUACACAAGUCUCACACCUGAAAGAGGUGACGGAUAACCUGGAAUAUUUUCGAAAUGAGGCCAAAGAAGUGGUCAGGAAUGCUUGUCGUACUGCUCUGCGCGCUAUAGGAUUCACUCCUGAUGACUGUGAUGAGGAAGAUGAUAAGAGAUUUUCAGUGACUGGUGGUCUCAUUGAGUUGCCUACUUAUGUAAACUCUGAGAACAUGAAAUACACGCAGCAGGCCAGGAAAAGGCGUUAUUGCAGGAGGCUGACUUGCUUUAUUCGUCUAAAUGAUUACCUAAUUGAGAACACAAUGCACGUCUUAACAGUAAAUUCUGUUAACAGUCUUUUGAAUUAUCUCACUGACAAACUAAAACGAACACCCUCAGCAGACAUCAUUCAGAAAUGGAUUACUGAGGAGAAACCUGAAGUCACUGAUAAGAAGGUGGCUGCUGGGUUGGAAAAGCUGGAAGAAGAUGAGUCACUCAUCCCCAUGUUCCUCACAGAACUGAUCUUGACAGUGGAGUCACUACUGUUUGAACCUUCUCUGGAAGACUUUCUGUAUGGUAUUUCAGGUGCAAUUAAUCAGUUUCAGAGCACCGUGUUAUCAGUUCCUAAUCUCGUGCCUGACACAUAUUUUGAUGCUUUCACCAGACCUUAUAUUAACAACAAACUUGAAGAAAAAACUUGUGGAUUUGGUCCCAGCUUGUCUUCAGUAUUUGAUGAUGAUAAGAAUUUUCACACAAUUAUCUUUCAAAUAAAGGAAACCAUAAAGGCAGCAUUUGAAUCUGCCCAACUAUAUGCAGCUACAUUUGAAAAGUUCCAGUUAUUUUUCAGGGAAAAUGAAAGUCUUGACUUAGAAGCUCUUAAACUUCAGGAGCCUGAUGUUAAGUUCUUCAGUGAACAACUGGAAAAGUAUCACAGACAGCACAAGGAUGCUUUAGCCCUAAGACCCACCAGAAAUGUCGGCUUGCUGCUCAUUGACACGAAGCUGCUGAAGGAAAAACUGAUUCCAUCACCUUUGCGAUGUUUGGAGGUGCUAAAUUAUAUGCUGCCUUGUCAAAGCAAGCAAAAAGUGGAUGCCAUUAUCUCUGAGGCACAAGAUGCAGAGUACAAACUUGAAUUUGUUCCAUCGACCACCAUAGAAUAUGUUAACAGCUUAGUAUUUCUUGAUGAAAUUCAAGAAAGGAUCGAAACCCUUGAAGAUGAAGGCAAUGUGGUGAUCCAAAUGUACAAGCUCAUUGAGCAGUAUCAGGUUCCCACACCGCCUGAAGACUUUGCUGUCUUUGCAACCAUGAAGCCAUCCAUUGUUGCUGUUCGGAAUGCCAUCGAUAAAGCCGUAGGUGAUAGAGACGCAAGCAUUAAGCAAUUUUGUCUGCAUUUGGGUAAAGAUCUUGAAGAUCUAACCAAUGAAGUGAACGACGUCAAGCUGCAAGCACAGGAUCCCCAGAUUUUGGAUAUUAAUGCCGACCAGGACAAAAUAAAGUCCCAACUGACUGAGCUGCAGUUAGUUCUGGAUGAUCUGCAGAAACGUGCAUUUCAAUAUAAAUCUUACCAGAAAAAUUUCAAGGUGGAAGUUUCUAAGUUUGAAGAUUUGGAAGUAGUUAGUGCUGAAGUGAAGCUCAAACAAUUGCUCUGGGAUUAACUCCACCAAGACUGGUUACAGUCCAAAUUUGACAGCCUGGAUCCGGAAUCCCUAAACAGCCAAGUCUCUAAAUAUGCCAAAUUUGUGACUCAACUGGAAAAAGGCUUGCCACCCAACAGUGUAGUGCCCCAGCUAAAAUCUAAGGUGGAAAAAAUGAAAGAAAAGCUGCCAGUUAUCAUGGACUUGAGGAACCCAACUUUGAAGGCUAGACAUUGGGCAGCUAUUGAACACACAGUGGAUGCCUCCCUACUGGAACUUGAAACUCCAUUAACCUUGGAGAAACUCUCCGAGUUGCAUGUUUUCGACUUUGCCCAAGAAAUCCAGGACAUUUCAGGACAGGCUUCUGGAGAAGCUUCCUUAGAAAUCAUUCUUAAAAAGGUGGAGGAUUCAUGGAAAACAACUGAAUUUGUCGUUCUCCCUCACCGAGACACCAAAGAUGUAUUUAUCCUAGGUGGCACAGACGACAUACAGGUCCUUCUUGAUGACAGCACCAUCAAUAUCAACACCAUUGCCUCGUCACGUUAUGUUGGGCCACUGAAAACUCGAGUGGAUGAAUGGCAGAAACAAAUUGCUUUAUUUAAUCAAACACUGGAAGAGUGGCUGAACUGCCAGAGAAACUGGUUGUACCUGGAAAGUAUUUUUAAUGCUCCAGAUAUUCAGAGGCAAUUGCCUGCAGAGUCCAAGAUGUUCCUUCAGGUGGAUAAGUCAUGGAAAGAGAUCAUGAGGAAGGUGAACAGGUUGCCUAACGCUCUUCGAGCGGCUACUCAACCAGGACUCCUGGAGACAUUUCAAAAUAAUAAUGCAUUACUUGACCAAAUUCAGAAGUGUCUAGAGGCGUAUUUAGAAUCAAAAAGAGUUAUCUUUCCCAGAUUUUACUUCUUGUCAAAUGAUGAGCUUCUGGAGAUUUUGGCCCAGACACGAAAUCCCCAGGCUGUGCAGCCGCACUUAAGGAAAUGCUUCGACUCCAUCUCAAGGCUCGAGUUUGCUAUCCUGACUCCUGUUGAAGGGAAAAUUCCCUCUGUGGAGGGAGAGCCAGAAAAAGUGUACACUAAUGACAUUUUAGCGAUGCUGUCCCCAGAGGGAGAAACGGUUAGACUGGGAAAAGGUCUCAAGGCCCGAGGCAACGUGGAGGAAUGGCUGGGUAAAGUGGAAGAAGCCAUGUUCACGUCUUUGCGCCGCCUGUGCAAAGCUGCCAUCGCCGACUAUCAGGCGAAACCGAGGACAGAAUGGGUGAUAUCUGGCCACGCUUCUCAAGUGAUCCUGACCAUUUCUCAAAUCACUUGGUGCCGCGAUUUGACCGAGUGUUUGGAAACAGAUGAAAAUCGUCUAGAGGCCCUGGAAGCUUUUGAAAAAGUCAACUUUGAGAGAUUAACUGACCUGGCUGCAUUAGUUCGAGGCCAUCUUUCUAAAAUACACAGAAACAUCAUAACUGCCUUAAUUACUAUUGAUGUACAUGCAAGAGACAUUGUCACCGAUCUUGUUGAAGCCCAGGUAGAGGAAGUGGAUUCCUUUGACUGGCAGAGACAACUGCGCUAUUAUUGGGAUAUAGACGUAGAUAACUGUGUGGCUAGAAUGGCUCUUUCUCAAUACACUUAUGGCUAUGAAUAUUUGGGUGCGUGCCCAAGAUUAGUUAUUACUCCUCUCACGGACCGCUGCUACCUAUGCCUCAUGGGGGCUUUGCAGCUCGACCUGGGAGGUGCCCCAGCUGGUCCUGCUGGCACUGGGAAAACCGAGACUACCAAAGACCUAGCAAAAGCUCUUGCCAUCCAGUGUGUGGUCUUUAACUGUUCCGAUGGUUUAGACUACAAGAUGAUGGGACGCUUCUUCAGCGGUCUGGCCCAGUCAGGGGCCUGGUGCUGCUUUGAUGAAUUUAACCGAAUUGACAUUGAAGUUUUGUCAGUGAUCGCACAGCAGCUCAUUACCAUUCGGAACGCCAAAGCUGCCAAGCUCUCUAGAUUCAUGUUUGAGGGGCGGGAAAUAAAGUUGGUUAUGACUUGUGCAGCCUUCAUCACAAUGAAUCCCGGAUACGCAGGCAGGACUGAAUUGCCAGAUAACUUGAAAGCCCUGUUCAGACCUUUUUCAAUGAUGGUUCCAAAUUAUGCCUUGAUUGCAGAGGUAAUUCUAUAUUCUGAGGGAUUUGAAUCCAGUAAAAUAUUAGCAAGAAAAAUGACUCAGAUGUAUAAGCUUUGCAGUGAACAGCUCUCUCAGCAAGAUCACUAUGACUUCGGCAUGAGAGCCGUGAAGUCUGUGCUGGUCAUGGCUGGGUCUUUAAAAAGAGAGAACCCAGAUCUAAAUGAAGAUGUGGUGUUGAUAAGAGCACUGCGAGACUCCAACUUGCCCAAAUUCUUAACAGAUGACGCCGUUCUGUUCAGUGGAAUCAUAUCUGACCUUUUCCCUGGAGUCCAAAUUCCAGAACAUGAUUAUGGUAUAUUGCAGUCAACAAUUAUAGAUGUCAUGAAUGGGCAAAAUCUCCAGCCUGAGACAUGUAUGGUUAAAAAGGUGAUACAGUUCUAUGAAACUAUGCUGGUAAGGCAUGGUGUGAUGUUAGUUGGGCCAACCGGAGGUGGCAAGACCACAGUUUACCGAAUACUUGCAGAAACUUUAGGGAAUUUAAGAAAAAUUGGUGUAGACAAUCCCUUUUACCAACCAGUUAAAACAUAUGUUCUUAAUCCUAAAUCAAUUACAAUGGGCGAGUUAUAUGGCGAAGUAAAUAGUGUAACCUUGGAGUGGAAUGAUGGUUUGAUGGCACUGAGUGUCCGAGCAGCUGUGCAAGACACUUCAGAAGACCAUAAGUGGAUCAUCAGUGAUGGGCCAGUGGAUGCUCUUUGGAUUGAAAACAUGAAUACAGUGUUGGAUGAUAACAAGAUGCUUUGCCUGGCUAACAGCGAGAGGAUUAAACUCACACCUCAAGUCCACAUGCUUUUUGAGGUGCAAGACCUAAGGGUUGCCUCUCCUGCUACAGUCAGUCGAUGUGGGAUGGUGUUUGUGGAUCCUGAGGAGCUGAAAUGGAUGCCUUACGUUAAAACCUGGAUGACGGGUAUUUCUAAAAAACUGAAUGAGGAAACCCAAGAAUUUUUAUUGAGCCUUUUCCGUUAUGUUGAUGAUGGUUUAAAUUUUAUCAAUAAAAAAUGCAGCCAAGCGAUCCCGCAAGUAAACAUUAGCAAAGUGACUACACUCUGUUGCUUAUUGGAGUCGUUGAUAUUUGAGAAAGAUGGAAUUAAUUUCUCAAUGGAACAAACAAAACUGAACACAAUGCUAUGUCAGACUUUUAUAUUCUGUUAUUUAUGGUCUUUGGGUGGAAAUCUAACUGAAAACUACGCGGAUUCUUUUGACACAUUUAUUAGAACACAGUUUGAUGACAAUCCUGAUGCCAGGCUUCCCAGUUCUGGCGAUCUGUGGAGCAUUUACAUGGACUUCGAUACCAAACGGCUGGACCCCUGGGAACGAAUCAUACCCUCCUUCAAGUACAGCCGAGAUGUCCCGUUUUUUGAAAUGCUUGUCCCCACAGUUGACACAGUGCGCUUCGGGUAUCUAAUGGAAAAACUACUGGCGGUCAGGCACUCGGUAUUAUUUACUGGGACGACUGGAGUUGGCAAGUCUGUUAUUGCAAAAGGAUUGCUAAAUAGAAUUCAAGAAUCAGCUGGCUAUGUUCCUGUUUAUCUAAAUUUUUCUGCUCAAACUUCAUCUGCAAGAACGCAAGAGAUCAUUGAAUCAAAACUGGAAAGGAAAAGAAAAAAUAUUCUAGGAGCACCAAAAAACAAACGUAUUGUGAUUUUUGUUGAUGAUUUAAAUAUGCCCAGACUGGAUCGCUAUGGCUCUCAGCCUCCGAUUGAAUUACUUCGGCAGUAUCAAGAUUUUGGUGGAUUUUAUGACAGAAACAAACUCUUUUGGAAAGACAUACAGGAUGUGACCAUUGCAUCAGCGUGUGCACCUCCAGGUGGUGGCCGCAACCCAGUGACCCCCCGCUUCAUCCGACACUUCAGCAUGCUGUGUCUCCCGAUGCCCUCGGAGCACAGUCUGAAACAGAUUUUCCAGGCCAUCUUAAACGGCUUCCUGUUUGACUUUCAACCAGCUGUCAAGCAAACCGCACCCAACAUUGUGGAAGCCUCAGUUGAGAUUUAUAACAGAAUGAGUGUUGAUCUUCUGCCAACACCAGCCAAGUCCCAUUACGUGUUCAACUUGAGGGAUUUAUCCAAAUGUGUGCAAGGUAUCCUCCAGUGUGAUCCAGGAACAAUAAGAGAAGAAAUACAGAUAUUUAGACUCUUUUGCCAUGAGUGUCAAAGAGUCUUCCAUGAUCGCCUGAUUAAUAAUGAAGACAAGCAGUAUUUCCAUACUAUUUUGACAGAAAUGGCCAACAAACAUUUUGGAAUUGCAAUUAGCCUGGAAUAUUUUUUGACUAAGCCCAUCCUAUUUGGAGAUUUCAUUAAGUUUGGAGCAGAUAAGUCUGAUCGGAUUUAUAAUGACUUGCCUGAUAUGGAGAAAAUCGCAAAUGUUCUCCAGGACUAUCUUGAUGACUAUAACCUUACAAAUCCCAAAGAAGUAAAGUUGGUAUUCUUCCAGGAUGCGAUAGAACACGUUACCAGGAUUGCCCGCAUGAUUCGUCAGGAGAGAGGCAACGCCCUGCUUGUCGGAGUAGGAGGCACCGGGAAGCAGUCUCUCACAAGACUUGCAGCUCACAUAUGUGGUUACAAAUGUUUACAGAUUGAACUGAGUCGGGGAUAUAAUUAUGAGAGUUUUCAUGAAGACCUGAGGAAGUUGUACAAACUGGCUGGUGUAGAGGACAAGAACAUGGUUUUCCUCUUCACGGACACACAGAUUGUAGUGGAAGAGUUCCUAGAAGAUAUAAAUAACAUCUUGAACUCAGGUGAAGUGCCUAACUUAUUUGAAAAGGAUGAACUGGAGCAGGUUUUAGCAGCCACCAGACCAAGAGCUAAAGAAGUCGGAAUUUCCGAGGGAAAUAGGGAUGAGGUGUUUCAAUACUUUAUUAACAGAGUCCGUCAGAAGCUGCACAUUGUUCUCUGUAUGAGCCCUGUGGGAGAGGCCUUCCGGUCCCGAUGCCGGAUGUUCCCAUCCCUUGUGAACUGCUGUACCAUUGACUGGUUUGUCCAGUGGCCCAGAGAAGCACUUCUUUCUGUAUCAAAGACAUUUUUCUCACAUAUUGACACCGGAAAUGAUGAACUAAAAGAAAAGCUUUCCCUCAUGUGUGUGAAUGUUCACUUAAGUGUCUCCAAUAUGGCAGAACGCUAUUACACAGAGCUACGGAGACGGUACUAUACCACGCCCACCUCCUACCUGGAACUCAUCAAUCUCUACCUGACUAUGCUCAGUGAUAAAAAGAAGCAGUUGAUUUCAGCACGUGAACGGGUGACAAAUGGUCUUACCAAGCUAUUAGAAACCAACAUACUAGUAGAUGCGAUGAAAUUAGAUCUUUCUGCUUUAGAACCUGUCCUUUUAACAAAAUCACAAAAUGUCGAAGCACUGAUGGACAAAUUGGCAGUGGAUCAAGAAAAUGCUGAUCAGGUCCGCAGCGUUGUGCGAGAAGAUGAAGCAGUGGCCAAAGUCAAAGCCGAAGAAACCCAAGCAAUAGCUGAUGAUGCUCAGAGAGACCUUGAAGAAGCUCUGCCUGCACUCGAUGCCGCCAAUAAAGCACUGGACUCCUUAGAUAAAGCCGAUAUAUCUGAAAUCAGAGUUUUUACGAAGCCCCCAGACUUGGUCAUGACUGUUAUGGAAGCAAUUUCCAUUCUCUUGAAUGCCAAGCCUGAUUGGCCAACAGCAAAGCAACUUCUCGGUGACUCUAACUUUCUCAGAAGACUUUUAGAAUAUGAUAAGGAAAACAUAAAGCCUCAGAUAUUGGCAAAGCUUCAAAAGUAUAUUAACAAUCCUGAUUUUGUGCCUGAGAAAGUAGAGAAAGUAUCCAAAGCAUGUAAAUCCAUGUGCAUGUGGGUGAGAGCCAUGGACCUGUACUCUCGGGUGGUCAAAGAAGUUGAACCAAAGAGGCAGAAGCUCCGAGCCGCGCAGGCUGAACUUGACAUUACGAUGGCUACCCUGAAAGAAAAGCGAGCAUUGCUUAAAAAAGUGGAAGAUCAAAUACAGGCCUUACAGGAUGAAUAUGACAAGGGCGUGAGUGAGAAAGAAAGCCUGAGUAAGACUAUGGCCCUGACAAAAGCACGCCUGAUACGUGCUGGAAAGCUGACGGCUGCCUUAGGAGAUGAGAAAGUUCGAUGGGAAGAAACCAUCAAUAAAUUCGACGAGGAGCUAUCGAAUAUCAUCGGGAACGUGUUCAUAGCAGCAGCUUGCGUGGCCUACUACGGGGCCUUCACAGCCCAGUACCGGCAACUGCUGAUAGAGUGUUGGACCCAGGACUGUCAGUCUCUGGAGAUCCCCAUCGAUUCUUCCUUCAGUCUCAUCAGCAUUCUUGGGGAUCCCUACGAAAUCCGGCAGUGGAACGCGGAUGGGCUGCCCCGGGACUUGAUAUCCACGGAGAAUGGCAUUCUGGUGACUCAAGGGAGACGAUGGCCUUUGAUGAUUGACCCCCAAGAUCAGGUGCCCAACCGCUGGAUAAGGAACAAGGAAAUGAAAAGUGGCUUAAAGGUCAUUAAACUCACGGAUAGUAAUUUCUUACGCACGCUCGAAAAUUCCAUCCGGCUCGGUUUGCCUGUCUUACUGGAAGAGGUGUGCAUUAAAGUUACCAUCAUCAAUUUCACUGUGACCAAAUCAGGUCUGGAGGACCAGUUGUUAAGUGACGUGGUGCGACUUGAGAAACCCGAGUUGGAAGAACAAAGAAUCAAGCUCAUUGUGAGGAUCAACACUGAUAAAAACCAGCUAAAAACAAUUGAAGAUAAAAUCUUGAAAAUGCUCUUUACAUCUGAAGGUAAUAUUCUGGACAAUGAGGAACUUAUUGAGACACUCCAGGAUUCAAAGAUCACUUCUGGUGCCAUUAAAAGCAGGCUGAAGGAAGCAGAGUCCACUGAGGUGAUGAUAAACGUUGCUCGAGAGAAGUAUCGGCCGGUCGCCACUCAAGGCUCCGUCAUGUACUUCGUGAUUGCGAGCCUCUCAGAAAUAGACCCCAUGUAUCAGUACUCCUUAAAAUAUUUCAAACAGUUGUUCAAUACAACAAUUGAAACUUCUGAGAAGACAGAUAAUCUGCAGGAGCGCAUGGACAUACUCCUGGAGCAGACCCUCCUGACUGCGUAUGCCAAUGUUUCGAGAGGACUCUUUGAACAGCAUAAACUCAUCUACAGCUUCAUGCUCUGCAUUGAGAUCAUGCGUCAGCAAGGAAGCUUAACUGAUGCUGAAUGGAAUUUCUUUCUCCGAGGUUCUUCAGGAUUAGAAAAGGAACGCCCACCUAAGCCUGAAAUUCCCUGGCUGCUUACUCAGGUGUGGUACUCAUGCUAUGACUUAGAAGAAUCAUUUCCAGCUUUUAAAGGACUUAAGAAAUUUAUGUUGUUACAUCCUGUUUGCAUAAAAUUAGGAUCUUUUGAGACUUUCAUUAACUCACAGGAUUUGAAAAACUAUCCCACAGUAGGGGAAGAAGAGGAACAACUCCAGAAACAGAAAGUGGAGUUGGAAAUGUAUGAAUCAUGGCUUUCAAACUUAAGCUCUUUCCAUAAGCUAAUUCUUGUUAAAUGUUGUAAAGAAGAAAAGGUGGUUUUUGCUCUUACAGAUUUUGUCAUAGAAAAUCUUGGGAAACGCUUUAUAGAGACGCCGCCUAUGGACCUGCCGACUCUGUAUCAAGAUAUGUCCCACAACACUCCCCUCAUAUUCAUCUUAAGCACGGGCUCCGAUCCCAUGGGUGCAUUCCAGAGGUUUGCCCGGGACAGAGGAUAUUCGGAACGGGUGCAAUCCAUUUCACUGGGGCAAGGACAAGGACCCAUUGCUGAAAAAAUGAUCAAAGAUGCUAUGAAAACAGGAAACUGGGUAUUUUUGCAAAACUGCCAUCUUGCUGUUUCUUGGAUGUUGGCAAUGGAAGAGCUCAUUAAAACCUUCACAGACCCAAAUAUUACUAUCAAGGAGAGUUUCCGGCUUUUUUUAAGUUCCAUGCCUAGUAAUACAUUUCCUGUCACAGUUCUUCAAAAUUCUGUCAAGGUAACCAAUGAGCCUCCAAAAGGCUUACGUGCGAAUAUCAGACGAGCAUUUACUGAAAUGACACCUUCAUAUUUUGAAGAAAAUAUACUUGGACAACAAUGGAGACAAAUAAUAUUUGGCAUUUGUUUCUUCCAUGCAAUUGUUCAGGAAAGAAAGAAGUUUGGCCCUCUUGGUUGGAACAUCUGCUAUGAAUUUAACGACAGCGACAGAGAAUGCGCUUUACUGAACCUCAACCUUUACUGUCAAGAAGGAAGGAUUCCCUGGGAUGCACUGACCUAUAUUACUGGUGAAAUUACAUAUGGUGGUAGAGUUACAGACACCUGGGAUCAAAGAUGCCUUCGGACAGUCUUGAAAAGAUUUUUUUCUCCUGAAACAUUAGAAAGGGGUUACAAAUAUUCCGAAUCAGGCAUCUAUUUUGCGCCCUUGGCUGACACCCUACAAGAGUUUAAAGACUACAUUGAAAAUCUACCUUUGAUAGAUGACCCAGAAAUAUUUGGAAUGCACGAAAAUGCCAACCUAGUUUUCCAGUACAAAGAGACCACCACUUUAAUCAACACCAUACUUGAAGUUCAGCCAAGGUCAUCUUCUGGAGGAGAGGGAAAGAGCAAUGAUGAAAUUGUCCAAGAACUUGUUACUUCUAUACGGAGCAGAGUUCCAGAAAUACUAGAAAUGGAGAAUGCUUCUGAGAGCCUUUUCACCAAAGAUCCUCAAGGACGCCUUAACUCCUUGACCACUGUUCUUGGACAAGAAGUGGACCGGUUUAACAAUCUGCUGAAAUUAAUCCACACUUCUCUAGAAACACUCAACAAAGCCAUUGCUGGAUUUGUGGUGAUGUCUGAAGAAAUGGAAAAGGUGUAUAACAGUUUCCUCAACAACCAAGUUCCCUCACUGUGGUCCAACACAGCCUACCCGUCCCUGAAACCACUAGGAUCAUGGGUCAAAGACCUUAUUCUGAGGACCGCAUUUGUGGACCUGUGGCUCAAACGAGGGCAGCCUAAGUCCUUCUGGAUCUCCGGGUUCUUCUUCCCUCAAGGAUUUCUAACAGGAACUCUUCAAAAUCAUGCUCGGAAAUACAAUUUGCCUAUAGAUGAGCUGAGUUUCAAGUACAACGUAAUUCCUGUCUAUCGGGAUCAAGCCGCAGUUAUAGAAGCUGCCAAGACGGUGAAGUUUGGAGAAGAACUACCCAUGGACCUGCAGUUGCCCUCUCCUGAGGAUGGUGUUCUCGUUCAUGGGAUGUUCAUGGAUGCUUUCCGGUGGGACGAUGAGGAGUUGGUGAUAGAAGAUGCGUUGCCCGGAGAGAUGAACCCAGUGCUGCCUGUGGUGCAUUUUGAACCUCAACAAAAUUACGACCCAAGCCCAACACUUUAUCAGUCCCCACUUUAUAAAACAGGGGCCCGGGCAGGAACACUCUCAACCACAGGUCAUUCAACCAACUUUGUGGUGACCAUCCUUUUACCCUCCCAGAGGUCCAAAGAUUACUGGAUUGCCAAGGGCUCGGCUUUGCUCUGCCAGCUGAAUGAGUGAAAGGGGCCGCUCGGCGCUGAAAAGGAAGCAGGCCAGGGCUCUUUGCAGGGAAGAGUCUGCGUAAUUUAUAUGUUAGCAAAACAGCAUUACUUCUGAUCUGAUUUAAUGGUAGUAAGUGUGGCUUUUUACUUCUCUUAUAAUCUAAAAUAAAGUGUUUGAGUUUUUCUUUCUGUUGG